AGGAGAUGACCAGAGACUGCGGUCAUAGUACAGGAGAUGACCAGAGACUGCGGACACAGUACGGGGAGAUGUCCAGAGACUGCAGGCACAGUACAGGAGAUGACCAGACACUGCGGACACAGUACAGGAGAUGACCAGAGACUGCGGACAUAGUACAGGAGAUGACCAGAGACUGCGGACACAGUACAGGAGAUGACCAGAGACUGCGGACAUAGUACAGGAGAUGACCAGAGACUGCGGACACAGUACAGGAGAUGUUCAGAGACUGCAGACACAGUACAGGAGAUUACCAGAGACUGCGGACACAGUACAGGAGAUGACCAGAGACUGCGGACAUAGUACAGGAGAUGACCAGAGACUGCGGACACAGUACAGGAGAUGGCCAGAGACUGCGGACACAGUACAGGAGAUGACCAGAGACUGCAGACACAGUACAGGAGAUGACCAG